UUAUUAUAUAUGAUAUUUAGGGAAAACGAUGGGAUGAUACUGUAAUAACAUAGUGUUUUGUAAGAUUGUUAUUAUUGUUGUUCAAUCUGCUAUCGCCCUCUGCAAACAUUUCGUUGUUGUUAUUAUUGCUAUUUUGUUCUUGUUUAAAUGUCAGUGUAAGUGCAAUAAUAAAACAUUUUUAUAUAAAUAAGUGCCAGAGGGAACCAGAGGAGUGGGUGGAACCUUCCCAGGGAGUAGGGAAUAAUAGACCGCAGCCCUUACAGCGUAUCGAGCUACUUCCUGCCAAAUUGUGAUAUCCGCUGAGAUUCCCUGCUUAUCAACAAACGGAUACAAUUCAGUGCAGUUUUUUAAUUAUAGGGACAUUUAAUACACAAGUGUACAUUUGUGUUAACCACUAAAAUGUGUAACGACUAAUGAUUUAUCGAUCUUAGCUGAGUUCCUGCAUGCGUCCUUUUCUUUUAAAAUGCCUGUUUAUUGAUUACGAUGAUGAAAAAUACACACAUUACAUUGCGAGCAGUUGUGAAACUUAUGUCUUUCAAGCUCGUCUUUACCCUCUGUGACUGACUUGGGGUGAAAGUAAAGGGAAGCAAAUUCUACCUCACUGUGAUCACUGAGGAUGUUUUUGUGGGCCUAUGACAUUUUGAACAACUUCUCAAUAUUUUGCUGCCUAAAGCAACCCUAUUACUGGGUAUGGCACAAGGUGGUGUCCUGAUUCAGUGAUUGCACUCACUGUUGCAAGCACUAUCUUUGACCCUUUCGAUUUUAUCAAGCUUCUCUUCCUGCAAGGCUCUUUUGGUAUCUUCAUCCAUUAUAGUGUACAAGCUGUCAAUAUGCUAACCUAUUAAGUAAAAAAGUAACUAAAAAGUAACUGCUUUGUGAAUGUAGGCAUUAGAACAGUAGCUAUGACAAAAACCUAAUCAUCAGAUUAUUAUAUUUUUUUGCUAGAAAAUAUACAUGCAUUGAGAAAAUAUACAUACAAUUAUGCGAAUCAGUUUGUGCCAGGCCCUGCUAACAGGAGCCAUCGUGCUGAACCUGGUGAUCCUGUAUUAUGUAUCCCAAGCCCAGCAACGGAUGAUGGAGAAACGACGCAUACCUGGGAAAGGCUUUAAAAAUGCUAACAAAUCAGUGUUGGGUAUGGGAAGUUCAGGAAGCAUAGUGGUGAGAGGUAAGACAGGAGACAAGGUAGCAGGCAUAAAGGGUUGUAUGCAAAAAAAUCAUGUGACUGUUAUCCUGCGAGAAUUUGAACACUUUGAGAACUAUGUAGGAGAUGUGGCCCAGUCCUUUCUGCAGCGCAUGCCAGAGCUCUGUUUCCUGGUAGUCACAGACACCCUGCCUUACCCUCCUCUGACACUGCCUGCAGAUGCUCGUUUAAUUGUGCUGUCCCCAAGCCCAGAAAACCCUCCUCAGACACAUCGUCCAGAAAACUAUGUGCAAUCUGAAUUUGUGCUGCUUCUACCCGAUGGUGUUGAUUUACAGCAUUGGCAGCAAGUUGAGACGCUUGUUCAAGAGUUAAAAGCAGAGGGAAAUGGCCCGGUGCGCCUGGUUGCAGCUCCAGUGCUGGCACGUGCUGCUGUCCAGUGCCUGCACUUACAAGUAAACCUCAAGGAGUGGACAGCUACAUACUCCUUUGGACCAUCUGGGAGUGGUGGCAGUAUGUGCACUGCUUUGUAUGGUGAUGCUGUAGUUCUUAUUCGAACUAAAGACCUUUUCAACCUGUCAGUCCCACUUGCACGGCCACUGAUGUCUGCACUGUUUAUUCAGACUGCACUCAGAGGCUGGAAGAUUAAGCUUCUGGAGGGUCCUUCAUUCACUGCGAGCCACAGGCCCCUCUUCAGUUCUUCACACAACCAGUGGAAGGCAGACUAUCAUCUCAAGGAGGCUACCAACCAAUUAAUGAGAAGCUUUGGCCUUAAGCACUUGGUAUGGCCUGAUGGGAGGGACCAUUGGUUUGGCUGCAGCAAAGAGACACCACGAUGCUUUGGUACAGUGCAUGAUGAUACACCGGAGUACCUCUAUUUGGAGCGAUGGACUCCACCCUGCUGUUUGCGUGCCCUAAGGGAAACAACUAAGCAUGUUAUCAAUAUUCUGGAGAGUUCUGGUGUGCGCUACUGGUUAGAAGGGGGUAGUCUUUUAGGAGCAGCCAGACAUCAAGACAUUAUACCUUGGGACUAUGAUGUUGAUUUGGGUAUUUAUUUGGAAGACGUGCCCAAUUGUGAAUACCUUAAGAACUUGGAUUCAGGGUCACUGGUGGAUGCCAAUGGUUAUGUAUGGGAGAGGGCAGUAGAGGGAGACUUCUACCGUAUUCAGUACAGUGAGGCCAAUCACCUGCAUGUGGAUCUAUGGCCUUUCUAUUCUCGGAAUGGAGUGAUGACCAAGGACACAUGGACUGAUCACAAGCAGGAUGUGGAGUUUCCUGAGCACUUCCUGCAGCCACUGGUGCCCAUGCAGUUUGCUGGUAUCAAUGCUUAUGGACCAAACAACCACCGUGCCUUCCUGGAGCUCAAGUUUGGGGAGGGGGUAAUUGAGAACCCUCAGUAUCCUAAUCCUAUUAAAAAGAGUUUGUCUAGUUAGUAGGAUGUGAGUAUAAACUUAUUCCAAUACUUUCUGAAUGGACUUUAUAACAGUUUUUUGCUUUUAAUAUAUACUGCAGUAUUAGAAUUUCAGCUUUCGUGUCAUUAUGUUUAUGUCUCGUGGCGAACAACCCAAUUCUCAAAUGUGAAAAAGUAUUGGAGCAAAUACUAUUAAAAUAAUUCAUUCUUAAUA